AUGUCUACUGCCAAAUGCUCCCAAUGCAAGCAUGAUAAAGCCAUUGCGGAAUAUGAUAGAAACCGCCGCGAGAAGACAAGCGGAGAUGAGACAAAGACGUGCUUCUUUGCGAGCCGGGCAAACAGUAGAAACAUUGGAGCUAUCCCCACCCAGAGCUGUAAGACAAGGAAUACGUUCUGCCUUUCAUUGCGCAUUUCUCAGUUCCCGUUUACAAUGGAAAGAAUUGAAUAUGGGCUCAAUGACGAUCAUUUGCGAGUCCUGUUCAGCUUUACAUUGGAUUGA